CUCCCGUGGACCCACCGCACUGGGUCUAACUUUGUCCCCACGACAGGUUUGAUACUUUCUACCAGUUAUCUAUGGUUAUUUGCUCUGCCAUCGUCCAAUUUUUCUUCAUCCUAAGACUCUAUCGACUCAGUGGAUCAACCUGGCUACCAACGUCAAUUGUUUUCCUGACUCUGGGGCAGUUUGGGACCGGUGUUGCGCUCUUUGUUAAAGCAAAUGCUACUCACAGUCCCGAAAACGUACUCUUUUCCAAAGGCCCACUCGCUAUAUCGUGGCUAACACUAGAGGCAGUGGCUGAUCUCGUGAUUGCCUUCGCUAUGUCAUAUUUCCUCCAGAAGCGUCGCACAGGAUUUCGGCGGAUGGACACAGUGUUACGGAAGUUAACAGCAUAUGCCAUUAGCACUGGCCUGGUGACUGGCAUUCUGGCGCUGGGUGUCAUGUUUUCUGUUGCAUUUCACAGCCCCCAAUUUAUCCCCAUGAUUUUCAUCUUUGUGCUUGGAGGCGUCUAUACUACAUCCCUCUUAGCAAAUUUACAUUCGCGCUCGAAACUCUGGAGUGAACUUCGUUUCGAGGGAGACAACGGAAUUUCAAUACAUUUGUCCCGUCUUCCUUCCAGGGUAAGAGUAACGCAUCCGUAGCCGAUUCCCCAAUGACUUCUUCAUCAGAUACGCAAUAAUACAAGUGCUGUCACUCGGCACGUAGAAGGACACCAUUCGGACGAAGGGACAGAUCAAGCUCAAUGAGCAGAUU